AUGAAUGAUUCUUUUCAGGCUGCGAAGCCCAAGGGAGAGAAGAAGUCGAGAGCUGCUCCAAGUCAUCCUGUGUAUGGUGCUAUGAUCAAGGCCGCCAUCAAGGGAAUUGAAGAUCGCAAGGGAGCGUCGAAGCAGGCUAUUUUCAAGUAUAUCGUCCAGAAGUAUAAGCUCGGUGAUAAUGAGAAAAUGAUCAAUGCUCACCUUCGCUUGGCACUCAAAAAGGGUGUCCAGUCUGGGCUUCUCAAACAGGCUUCGGGAACUGGUGCUGCUGGGAGGUUCCGUCUUGGAGAUAAAACUGAAGGAGCUACGAAACCGAAAGCCGUUAGGAAACCUAAGCCAGCUAGCGAGGGUGCUCCAGCAAAGAAAGCGGCAGCUGCCAAGCCCAAGGUAGCCCCUAAGGCAAAGAAGGAGAAAUCUGCCAAAUCUCCGAAGAAAUCAGCAAAGCCAAAAGCAAAAACUGCCAAGUCACCGAAGAAGGCCAGCUCCACGAAAAAAGCUGCUGCGAAGCCGAAGAAGACUACCAAGAAGGCUGCUGCUGCAAAAGCGUGA